AUGGAUACUCUUACUCCAAAAAUAUCUUCAACGGAUACAAGCAGCAGCAACAGUUCUUCAGCUUCACCAUGUAUGGAUAAAAAAUCUAACAAAAAAUCGCAGCGCGAUCAUAAACUGUCCAAUUCGCGUUCACGUAGCUUCUUGCAUUGCAUUGGCAAACGUUUGGGCAAACAUUUUAUGCAUCAUCAUCCGCAUGAUGCAAUUUUUAACAGUCAAGAUGAUUUACGCAGUUCCUCGACUGACUCCUUUUCAUUAAGUUUUGAACGUGGUUCUCAUUUAGAAUGUCACAUCACUGGCUCAAGUCUUGAUCUUACCAGUGAGGAACCAAAUUCACGCACUUCAUCAGCAUCAGCUUGUUCACGUCUCUCACCCAUAUUGUGUCCUUUAGACUUAGAUGAAUUAGAUUCAUUUCGUUACAAUAAUCAAAACCAUUUCUACGUAGAGACUAUGUAUCGACCAAAUAGUGCUUUCGAACAUAAUAAUAAUGGCAGUUUAAAUAAGAGCAGUAAUCUUGAUGUGUAUAAAUAUUUAUGA